AUGAAGAUGCGGGCAUGGCAGAUCGUGGGGCUGCUGCUGGUGCUGUGUAAUGCUGACAACAGCGAGCCUGAGGGCGGCAUGGCAGCAUCCGUUUCAAGUGUCGCAGCCAGUGCAGAGCGACUUGCGUCCGGCAACGCUGUAUACGUUGAGCAUAGCUCAGGGGCAAAGAUGUCAAUGUCGGACUAUCACAUCAGAUCGCUCGUCGAGAACGGAUGGCCUGGCUGGAAGAUGUACACGAUUCGAUGCAACGAGGAGUAUAAAACCAGCCUGCAGGAGGAGCUCUCCAAACUUGAUGGUGAAUUGAAUGUUCGUUGCGAUUGCAGGGUUUGCUUUAUGCCAACAGUUGAUCUUGACCGUGUGCGACAGCUCACCGGUUUUGUGAGCGCUACACCCGUCAGAGGAUACAGCACUCCUGUUGAAGCAGCUGAAUCAGUGAGGAGCUCUUCACGAGAGGAGCGGACCAAUCUUGCGACGAGCCUUCAUUGCACCUCGGAACAGCCAGACAUUGAUCAGUUUGUGGUUUCCCUCGGUCAUUCGUACGCCAAAGAGACUGUGCUCGCAUGGAGUCAGAAAAUCGUUGAAAGCUUGUCACUCGAAAGACAGCUCACGCUAGAGCACAUAUCCAAUCAUGAGGUUCGGGCAAUAGUUUGCACAAGUCAUAGCACGCAGUUUCUGAAGGAGGUUGCAGGCUUCAACGAUGUGAUUUCAAUGAGAAAGCUGAACCGCAACGUCAAAGUAGAUUCGCAGGCAGUUUCUGGCUCGAGAAGAUCGAGAAGUGCAGGUCGCUUCCUAGAAGAUCUAGUCGCAACGGAGAUCUUAUUAUUGGGGCUUCAGGGAAUGUACACGAUGGAGCGGUUCGGCCAGGAAGAAAUCAUCACCGUAUCUGACUCAGGGCUGGACUAUGACAACUGUCUGUUCAAAGACCCUACAAGCGACGUCUCUGCUUGCACUUCGCACGCUUCUUGCAUCAAACAAAUCAACCGAGAUCAUCGCAAAGUAGUUGGGUACGAGCUCUUGCCCAAUGCCAAAAUAGGAGACAGCUUCCAGGGGAGAGGGACAGAGAUGUGCGGAUGCAUCAGCGGUAGUUCCUUAGUUGAGGGUCCCGAGGCUCCAGUGAUCAAUAUCGGGCUGGCUCCCGCAAGCAGAUUGUUCAUUCAGGACAUAUCCGACGAUACUUCACCUAUAACCUAUCACUACCCUUUGCAUGUGGGAGCGAGUCUGUUGCAGACCUCCCAUGAGAUUGGAGCCCGUGUGCAUGUGAUUGCCUGGGAUGACAUCAAUCUUGCAAAGCAAGUCAAUGUCACUGAUCUAGAUGCUUUCGUGUUCUCGCACCCUGAUUACCUGGUGGUGGUGGCUGGCGCUGGGAACAAACUGAAAAACAACCCCCUUGGCCUCGCCAAAAAUGCCUUGACAAUUGGAGCUUAUCAAUUUACCGAGGUGAUCCAGCCUCAACAGGAUGUCUUCCAAGUCCACUUCUCUUCCCCUGACUUCCACCUGAUGGUCACGAUGUGGAUGGCUGCGUGUUUUCCCUUGCCGGAGUCAACCUCCGAUCUCCAGAUAACGGGGAGGGUAGCCUUUCUAGAGGACGAAGUGUUCUGUCCGGAUGAGCAUGUUACUGCGAUUUCAGGGUCCGUGGUUGUCGUCGGGUUCUCAGGUCAUUGUGCUGCGACGCUGGAAUACUGGAAGGUUCUAUUGGGAAGCCUGAAAGCAGCAAGACCUGAUGCUGUCCUGCUGGAUCGGCGGAUGGGGCAGGUCCCUUGCUCCCUGGUCACUGCUCUGCUGACAAACUCGAGCUUCCUCUUGGCGACGGUUGACCUCCGUCAAAAUGACAUAAGCCUGUUGGAGGAGAGCACAGGAGUGACUGCCUCUCUCCCCUUCACUGCCUCCUUCGACAAGCAGAUCGCUCCGUUCUCUUCCACUGGCCCUGUGGGGGACGGGCAGAUCAAGCCAGAAGUCUUUGCUCCUGGCAUCUCCAUCGAGGCAGCGGAGUCAGACGCCGAUUUGACAUCGUUCGAGUGCGGGAAAGACGCGGUCGUGGAGGACGAUGGAGCGCAUCUGUCAGCUGCGCUCGUUUCUGCCACCGCUGCCCUGAUACGACAGCAAGUCAAAGAUGAGAAGUUUACGGGGAGCGCUUCACUCGUCAAGGCCAUCCUCCUUCAUGCAGCACAAGACUUCCAAGAUGACGCGCAAGCUCUCAGCGCCUGUCCUCCCAACUGUCGUCAGGGACACGGGGCAGUCAACGUCUUCAGCAUGUACCGAGCGCGGGAUGGACCCUCGCUCUUCCUCCUUGAUGACGUCACCAUCGACCGAGGAGGAGUGGCGAUUCGAUGCUUCUUUGUCAAGGGAGCCAACGAGCCGCUUACUGUGACGCUGGUGUGGACAGACCCGCCAUCAGCUGAGAACCUCCUCGUGAGCGAUCUCGACCUAAUUGUGCGACAUGGCGGAGAGGAGAUGUGCGGGAAUGGAAUCAUGUGGAAGGAAGAGGGCGGAGACGUCCUUCGGGCGCAAGACGACGUGAACAACAACGAGAAGGUUGUCGUCUCCUCCCCUCAAGUGUCGGCUACCUACAAGGUGAUGGUCUCUGCCCUCAGGAUGCGGACUCCGCGGCAGAACUUCUCGCUUGUUGUCUCUGGGAACUUGACUGAGGUUUCUCCCUGUCCUUAUCCCUCCUGCCCGUCUGGCUGCCACGGUCAUGGGGAUUGUCGGAAGGGGAUCUGCGUUUGCGACUUCCCCUACUUGGGUUCGGACUGCAGCGGCCGGAUACCUCUGCUGCAGGAGGGAGUCAACCAAAUCUCCGUCCUUCAAACUUCCCGAUCCUUCUCCUGGUGGAACACGACAAGUCAGCAGAGAGACUGGUUCCUCACCGUCAACCCUCCGCAAGGCCGCCAGGUGUGUCGGGUCUUCCUGCAUCGCGACAAGGUGCCGUCCCCGAACGACUUCAGUGCUAAGAUCGAGCUCCUCUCCUCCUCUCCCCUUCUCACUUUCUCCAGCGUGACCCUCCCCGGCACAGGAGCGUGGGUCCUCGCAGUGGCUUCUGUUGGUGCCUCCAACUGCAGCAUCCUCGUCGAGCUCGAUCGGCGGCCUCUCAAUUGCUCCCCCUGCCCAGCUGGGCAGUUUGCCUCCUCCUGCAAGGCAGGUGCUACUUGCCAGGCAUGCGCCAGCUGUCCUCCAGGAGAGCACCGGGACGGGUGUGGGGGAGCGAGCGAGGGAGAGUGCAGGAAGUGCGACGACUGUCCGGAGGGGAUGUUCCGGACGGACUGCAGGGACCAGAGCGAAGGUGACUGUCAUGCUUGUCAGGAGGAUGUGUCCUCCUGCUUGGGCUCAGCGAUGCAGCAGCUGCAGGAGAACACAAUCGUCUUCGUAGUCUCGAUGGAAAUGCCCCUCUCCAAAUUCCUGAAUUCUUCUCUCACCUUCCGCUCCGCUAUCUCUCAAGUCGCAUCCUGGCCCCUCGACAAGAUCCUGCUGCUGGAGAGCUCGUCUGUCUCUUCCAUCGCCACCACAGCGUUUUCCCCUUCCCCCUCCUCUCCUCGUCGCUCUCUGGACCCGAGCACAGACCCGGCCAACAACGACAGGACGCAGGUCGUCGUUGCUGUUCUCUUGGGCAAGGAGCGCCUAGACUUGAUCCCACUUCUUUCUCUUCAAAGGAUUAACGAUGCUCUGGCACAGCAGGGCUUUCCUCCUGUCCGGCUUCUUGUCAGCCCGUUCUUGAAGAUCGUCUUCCCGGAGGAGACAGGAACUCCCGUCGUGACUACGACUCCGGUCCACCUACGCGGAGCCGUGGAGAUGCAGACUAUCCCUCACCCGACAGCCCCCGAGCUGCCGGAGGUCUACGCGGAGCUGGUCUUCCAGGAAGUGCAGAUGAUCGAACAAGGGAUGAGAGCCAUGGAGGAGGAGGAUGAAGGAAGGCAGGGGAGAGCAUCAGGGAUGGAGCAGCCGUUUAUCGGGCUUGCAUGA